AUGUUAAAGUUCUUAAGGCUCAAUCCCAGAAUUUGGGGUAUUGCGCAUAGUCCAGUGAAUUUGGAACUGAUUUGCAGUAUUUGGAGUGAAACGGAUUGGUCAGAAACAACAAACCUGACCAUGACCACACUGUACGAAAACAUGACAGUCUGGCUUUGUCGACGAUAUUUAGCUAGGAAAAGUACUUCGAUCCAAAUCAGUAGAAUGGAAGUGUACGAAAAGUGUCGUCCGGAACUAACUUUCUUAGAAACGCUAGCAUUUGAAGGAAUGACCAGCAACACCAUAAUUUUACGAAAAGAAUUGCUCCAGAAAGUGAUGCACGAUAUUGGCUGCUUGUCGGAUAUCUAUUCCGAUGCACUGCAUAUUGGCAUUUUGAAAUCGUUCGAUAAUGGACCAACUGGGAAUCAAAUUCAAUUAGAAAAAAAUCACUAUUUCGUUCAUCUCAGUUUCCAAGAAUUCUUUGCAGCACAACAUUUGGUGAGACUUCUCAACAGCACUACACGUGACAUUGCAAUUCAGUUUAUUGAAACUCAUAAGUAUGAGAAACGUCUACAGCUAGUAUUUAUCAUUGCAUCUGGUCUUCUCAUUCAAUCCGAAAACACAAAAUCAAUUCAUACAUUUUGGGACGCCAUUUUCGGUGACCCACAUGAUCUCGUGGGUAUUCGACACAUGCAGCUUGUGACAGUGUGCCUUGACGAAACUCAAUGUGACUGCGCGGUGCCACAUCGCAGCCAGUCCAUAUCAUUACUACUCAAUUGGAUAAGGUUCGCCUUCAGCCAAAACAACUUCAAACUGCAGGAAACAAUUGCAAUGACAAUAAAUUCAUGCAGCAAAAUACAGAAUUUACCAGAAGUACAGAUUGAGUUCGCGUCUCUCUUGAAAACCGAACCGGAAUACCACAAAUCACAUAUAGCAACCUUCAUUGGCAACCUGAAUAUCACCGACCCACACAACAAAUUAAUUGAAACAUUGUUACUUCAACUUCAACACAAUGAUGAAAAGAUUAGAGCAACGGUAUGCUAUCCUCUUGGGAAGAUCGGUGAACAAGCAGGAAAGAGCCAGGUGAUUGAUCGGUUGCUGGUGGCACUAGGUGAUCCGGAUGACCAGGUUCGCUUGAGUGCAUGUAGUGCUCUUGGAGCGAUGGGCGAAAAAGCAGCAACGAGCCAGGUGAUUGAUCGGCUGGUGGUGAUACUUGGCUAUCAGAACAAGAAGGUUCGAUGGGGUGCAUCUAGUGUUCUUCGAGCGAUGGGCGAAAAAGCAGCAACGAGCGAGGUGAUUGAUUGGUUGUUGGUGGCAUUAGAUGAUCAGAAUGUGUGGGUUAGUGCGAAUGCAUGCCGUGCUCUUCAGACGAUGGGCAAAACAGCUGCAACGAGUCUGGUGAUUGAUCGUUUGGUGGUGGCUCUUGGUGAUCUUGUUCAAGGUAUUCGAAGUACCGAUCUGAAGGGCGCUAAUACGCUUUUAGAACUGUUUUCGUAUCUCCUGCAGUGGGGUGCUGAUGGCGACGCGAGGUUGCAGAAAUCGAAUAUUUAUGAUGGGAUUGAUGGAAUGUCCUUGAAACUUUUUCAGUUACUGAUUUAUACGCAUGAUUGUCGUUUGCUUCCCAUAUUCGUGGAGUGUUGCCUAAUGGAGGAAAUAGCGGUCAUGGUGUUUGGUGACAGGGUGAUUAUGCAUUUCGAGUGGGUGGCAGUGGAGACACGAAUCAGAAACUCGGAGGUGCUAUGGAAGCUUUGCAAUGCUUUUUAUGAUUUCGGUUUAAAAGUGCUUGAUUGCCGCCCACGGAAUAGUUGA